ACAAAGUGACCUUGGCGCCGCAUCCCGCCCCUUUCCGCCGCGCUGCAUCCGGGCGCUCGCCGGCGGCCUUGCUGCGCCUGCGCAGAGACGUCCCAGCCCGUCGACUCCGAGGUGCAGCAGCGGAGCGGAGACACCGAACUUUGCCCCCGGGACGCCGUCCGCUAAGAUGUUCGCUUGCGCCAAAUUCGCCACCUCGCCCUCCCUGAUCCGUGCUGGAUCAAGUGUCUUGUACAGACCAAUUUCAGCAUCUGUGUUGUCUAGGCCAGAGAUCAAGAAUGGAGAGGGCAACUCAACACUUAAUGGGGCCCAAAAUACUGUCUCCCGACUAGCACUUAGAGAAUUCCAGACUAGUGCUAUUAGCAGGGACAUUGACACUGCUGCCAAAUUUAUUGGUGCUGGUGCUGCCACAGUAGGUGUGGCUGGUUCUGGUGCUGGUAUUGGAACAGUCUUCGGUAGUCUAAUCAUCGGUUAUGCCAGAAAUCCUUCUCUGAAGCAGCAGCUGUUCUCAUAUGCUAUCCUGGGAUUCGCCUUGUCUGAAGCUAUGGGUCUCUUCUGUCUGAUGGUUGCUUUCUUGAUCCUAUUUGCCAUGUGAAAGGAGAUUGGCCUGUAAUACUGGCAUUGGAAUGUAACUGCAUUUUAUGGGACUCCCAAAAUGUUGGUGUCAUGGAAAUUGAUGCUGUUUCCAAAGUCAUUUCAUUAAAGAUAACAACUUUAACUGUCAGCCUGUUGCCUGCAUUUAUUAUGUUUCUCACUA